CCUGCCGAUGCGAUUGGAUUACGAGGGACGAAAUUCUCAAAUCCGUCAACUCGAUUGGCGGCACGCCAUGGCGGCGCCUCGACUCCCCGCAUCCCUCGCCGCGCUUGCCGCUGCAUCUGCCGCCGGAUUCGCGACCGCAAUCGCCGUUCUCGUCCUCUCGCGUCCGCUCCACUCGCUGCCGUCGAUCCUCCACUCAAUUCUCCUCCGCAUCCUGCGCCGCAUCUUACGCAGGUUUCUCCCUAGCUUCAGAUUACUCGAUUACACACGAUCCGUCCCCUCGUCGUGUUUAGAGGCGUCUUUAAACUCGUCGCUCCCAUCGUCCUCCUAUCAGAAUGCACCCGCCCCGUCUCAAGGCGGCCUCGAUAUGGACGGCUGCGAUGAAAAGAACCCUGACGCUUUUGUAAUAGCCUCCCCAGUAGCUGCGACUGGCCUUGCGAUCCCUGCGAACUCUGCGACCGCUGCGACCCCUGCGACCCUGGCGACUGUGCGUCAAAACCGCGACGGACUGGUAGCGGCGAUCGGCAACACGCCGCUGAUUCGCAUCGCGAGUUUGUCCGCCGCGACUGGGUGCGAGAUCUACGGCAAGGCGGAGCUCGUCAAUCCCGGGGGGAGCGUCAAAGACCGUGUGGCUCUUCGUAUUGUGCAGGAGGCCCUCGAAUCCGGGCAGCUGAAACCCGGAGGUUUGAUAACGGAGGGCAGUGCGGGCAGCACAGGUGUCGCGCUCUCAUUGGUCGCUGCUGCGUUCGGCUGCCGCUGCUUCGUGGCCAUGCCAGAUGAUGCUGCGGUGGAGAAGGCGGAAGCCAUGAGAGCCCUCGGUGCAGAGGUGGUGCGAGUGCGUCCAGUGUCCAUCACCCAUCCCAUGCACUUCGUAAACGUCGCAAAGAGAAGAGCCGAGGAGGAGAGUGGCAAGGGGCGAGGGAUGGCCGGAGCAAAGAACGGGAGGAGUGAGAGCAGUUGUAGUGCCGUCACCAACGGUACCAAUGCCACAACUGCCAGUAGUGCCACCACCACUGCUGCCACCAACACACAUGCUACCAGUAGCAGUCGGAGCAGCAGUAUCACCAGGGACACCGACCAUACAUGCUGCGACGGCAGCAUAAGCGGUACCACUAUCACUAAGAGAUGUGUCGCCAGAAUCAGCAACGACGCCAGCUGUGCUGCCAGCCAUCUAAGUUCCCCCGGGGAGGAGGAGACUGCAGCGAGUGGCUGUGGCAGCGGUGGUCACGCUAGUAGCUCCGGCAGCAGUGGCCGCACUGCCAGCACUGGUAGUGUCGCCGAUGCUCCUGAAAGCAGCAGCAGCAGCAGCGGGUUCUUUGCGGACCAGUUUGAGAAUCUGGCGAAUUACCGCGCGCAUUACUUUGGCACGGGCCCGGAGAUCUGGAGGCAAACGGAUGGGAGGGUGGAUGCCUUUGUGGCCGCUGCUGGCACUGGUGGCACCCUCGCUGGUGUUUCCUGCUAUCUCAAAGAGCAGAAUCCAGCAGUGAAGGCCUUUUUGAUAGACCCUCCUGGGUCGAGCCUAUUCCAUAAAGUGACAAGAGGAGUGCUGUACACGCGGCAGGAGGCGGAGGGCAAGCGCCUGCGCAACCCCUUUGACACGAUCACGGAGGGCAUUGGCAUCAACCGGCUGACAGCUAACUUCAAUGUGGCGCGGAUCGAUGGGGCGUUCAGAGGGACGGAUAGGGAGGCUGUUGAGAUGGCGCGGUACCUGCUGCGCAACGACGGUCUGUUCGUCGGUUCCUCAUCUGCCAUGAACUGCGUUGGCGCCGUGCGAGUGGCGGAGAAAAUGGGUCCGGGGCACACCAUCGUGACCAUACUGUGUGACAGUGGGUUCCGGCACCUGAGCAAGUUCCACAAUGGGCAGUAUUUGACAGGACAGGGGCUUUCGCCCACUGCUCAGGGGCUUGAGUUCCUUGGGGGAAGGUUUGCAGAGAGGAAAUGAUGGUUCGUGUGAAGCAAGGCGACCGUACUGCAGGCCUGGAGCAGAGUGUGGCUGGCCGUACUGUGUGACAGCGGGCGAUGCAGGUGGAUUUGCUGGCGCACGAUGAAGGCGAAAGUCCUUGGGCACCUGAGAGCAGGUUCCACAGUCCGUCCGGAGUGCCCGGGACGUCAGGGGCUGCAGCCCACUGCUCACGGGCUUGAGACCGACAUCAAGGGAUGUUAGGGAGUUCCAUGAUCCAUCCGUCUCUUUGUGACCGACCAGCAUGUGCGAUAGUGGGUUCUUCUGUGCACCGACUGGGAAAAUUGUGUACUGCAAGUACCAAUCAUCAACAGGGCAUGUCAUGAGUCAUCCUUCAUUCCUGAUGA